GCCUGAAGGAUCCAGGUUCACUCUCUUCCAUGUAUAUCCACCUGAGCUGCCCAGUGAACUUAUCUAUAAGAGGAUCCUUGACUGCAAAUGUUAAAGUAGUUAUUUUCAUAUCAACAGUCAAAUAACCCUUAAAAAAGAUCUAAACAACAUCUUUAACUGCUUCUAUAAAAUACUCACAUAUAUAUAUAUAUAUAUAUACAGUUGGGAGUUGGGUCAAAAUGUCUGGUCAGAAAUAACCUUUAACCCUAAACAUAUAUCAAAUGCCUACUAAGGACAUUAUAUUCACAAUUAGGAGUCGAGUGAAGCAGCCAAGUUGAGGAUAUUUAGCACAGUUGUUGCUUUAUGUUUGAGUACUUGCCUCAUUUCCUCGUUCAGGUCAGGGGUGAACUCCAUGUUUAUUCUCCUCUGGUGUCAGAGCUUUUCUUGCAGUUCCUUCCCGUUUAUGAGGUCGAGGUGACUGUUCAACGUGUGUCCAUGAGUUGUGCUUGUUUAACCUUUGACAAUGAUGAACCCGAAAUACUGCUCAGAACAUUGAGUACAACACAACAACAACACCAUCAUCAUGAGUAACCAUCUUUUUAUAAUGCCACCACAAUGUGACUCACUAAAUACCAAACGGGUGCUGCGAGAAUUUCCGUUGAUGCGUUCAGAGGCUAAUUGUAUGGGCCAAUUCAUUCACAUCAACCGCAGAUUGUUUUACCAAAUAAAAUGUCUCGUGUUGAUGUGAACUGGCCAAUGAAGACCACGGGGAAUCGAUCAUAUUACCCAAGACCUUGUUAAGCUGCCAGUCAAAGGCGGAUCCACCAUUCGCGAAGUCUAGACCGUGAAGGUCAAGUGCAGAUAUAUCCAUCACUAAUGAGAAUGACAUUAGUGAUACUUUGCUAGAUUCCAUCCCUUUAUGACAGGUGGGGAUACUGAUAUAUACAACUAUUAAUAUAUGAUGCUGCGGGCAUUUUUAUAUUGUCAACAGUCACAGUGGAAAACCUCGACUGGAUGUGUCCAAUGACAGAUUGAAUGAACAGUCAUAGUAUAUUUCCAGUGUCAGCUGCAAAGUGAUCCCUUUCAUUGGGAUAAGAAAGAUGAACCUCCACCUUUUACCAUUGCCAUAAUAUGGGUUUUACCAAGUACAUUUCAGCCAUGUAUGGGAUUUUCAAUGCACAUCCAACAACCAGACAAAAAGGGGGUGUCCACUUUGAAAUACGGGAUAGAGAGAGCGAGCGAGUGCAAGCUGAAGACGGACAACGGAAGGUAGAAGAACGGAAACUGGGGAGCGAUAACGGCUUUUAUAUGACAAAUAACUGACAACGCUGCAAUGUUGAAUAAAAAGCGGGACCCAAAGGCCGUAGUGGCGAUCAGGAAACAGUCCAGAAUUCCUGGGGUUGUAAUCACUCAAUGUGUUGAGCAAGUGCCUCUGGGGAAGUCAACACCGGACUUCACACGGAAGCCACUGGCCACAACUGUACAAGAGGGUAAAAAAGCAGUUUUAAAAGCUAUGGUUAGCGGAGAGCCAGCACCGACGGUCACCUGGGAGCGCAAGAACGGGGAAGUUGAUGACCCAGAAAAGUACAAGACCCGAUAUGAUGAAAGAGCUCGAGAGCACUAUUUAGAGAUACCGAAAGUCAAACUAGACCAAGCUGACACCUACAGGUGCUUCGCCACCAAUGUGUAUGGAAACGCUGUCUGCACCACAACACUCAAUGUUAAAGAAGUUGUCUUAAAGAAGAAGGGUCAGGCAGGUAAUGGACAAGCACCACUGGAUUUCAGAUCAAUGCUAAAGAAAACUGUUGUCACCAGAAAAAAACAACUUCCACCAAAGAAAGAGGGAGAAAUUGAUCCUAAGCUCUGGGAGCUGCUUCUCAGUGCAAAAAGAAAAGACUACGAGAAAAUCUGUUUGGACUUUGGAGUGACUGACUUCCGCUGGAUGCUGAAGAGACUCAACCAGAUGAGAAAAGAGAGGGAAGACGAACAGGCCAAGGUUGUAGAGAAGCUGGAGGAUGUGAAACAGAUCGAAGUGAAACCUAACGGGAGAGCGGAAUUCAGCUUCAACAUGAAACUUUUGGACCCCAACAGUAAAAUUCAUGUAUACAAGGAUGGGAAAUCUGUGCCAUAUGGUGAUGAUGACAAUUCAAACCCUAGCCUCAAGAAAACUGGGACAAAGUAUGUUUUCAGCAUCAAUGACCCUCAACCAGAAGAUGCUGGAUUUUACCAGGUUGAUGUAGAAGAAGCAAAUGUCCUGACAACUGACUUUCAAGUGCCUGAUGUGAAGUUCGUAGCCAAGAUCAAGGACGCAAAGGCCGUUGAAAGCGAGGACGCCGUCUUUCAGUGCGUCUUGUCCACACCGCUCAACAGAAUCACUUGGUCAAAACAGGACGCGUCACUCGAACAUGGGGACAAAUAUGAAAUCACCGUCUCAGAGGACAAACUCACUCACACAUUAAGAGUCAAAGACUGUGCAAUGGCAGAUAAUGGAAAAUAUUAUGCCAUCGUUGGGAUAACUUCCAGCAGUGCUGCUCUCACAGUGGAAGCUGAUCCAGACGGCGGUAAAGGUCGUAAGGGCAUCAAAACUGGGGAUCAGGGUGAUUUGACUAAACUUGCAUUGGAACAAGGAAAAGACAAUCGAGCAAAGGAUCAAAAAGAUUCGGCUGAUUCAGGAGCUGGAGCCGCUCUGAGGGACGGAGGAGCGGGUUCUGGUGACGGGUCUAGUGAUGGAUCGAAAGAUGCAUCUGGAGUUAAGACUGACGGAGGUAAAGGAGACGAGAACCUCCUUGGAGAUGGAGAUGAUGAAAACAAUAUGGGCGACGGGGAUGAUAAGAAAAAGAAGCGAUCACGAACUGGUCCUUUGGUUCCUGACACUGUUUCAGAUCGAGGUGUCCAGUUUGUGAGUGGGCUGUCAGAUACUGUUGCUAAUAUUGGUGAACGGGCAGAGCUCACUUGCAAACUAAGCACUGAGGCCUCAGGGGGACGCUGGUACAAAAAUGGAAAGCUGUUAACCAAUGGAGACGGUGUAAGAAUCAUCAAAGAUGGGGCCUGUCACAAGUUGAUAAUUGAUUGCUGUAAAAAAGACGACACAGCAGUGUACUGCUUUGAGGCUGAGGGACGCAAAUCAGAAGCGACACUUAAUAUUCAAGAUCCGCCACAAAUAGACAGCGAUGCAUUGGUUAAUUUCACAAAGCCAGUUAUUAUAAAAGCAGGUGAAAGCGCUGAAUGGAAGCUGACGUUCUCAGGUGGAGACCCGAUGAAUAUACAGUGGUACAAGGAUGAUGAUGAGCUGUUGCCUGGCCUCAAUGUGAAAACUGAGACAUCAGCUACUCAAAGCCAACUACGCCUUACUAAGUGCCAAAGGAAAGACAGUGGAGAGGUCAAAAUCAAAAUCAAAAACAAAUUUGGCACAACAGAAGCAACGUCCAGACUUAUUGUGCUAGACAAACCCACACCACCACAGGGACCUGCGGACAUUGUGGAAAGUGCUGUGACAUCUGUGGAGUUCAAAUGGAAACCACCAAAAGACAGUGGUGGGUGCCCAAUCACCGGCUACAUCAUAGAACGCCAACAAGUGGGCCGGUGUAAAUGGACGAAUCUCGGCGAGAUCUGUGGCAGCGAUGCAAGUUACAGGGAUUCAGGCGUGGACCCUGGAAGAAGAUACUGCUACCGGAUUCGAGCCAAGACGGCAGAAGGCAUCAGUGAUUACCUGCAAACAGAGGACAUAGCUGCUGGAGUUCUGCGAUAUCCAGGAGCCCCAGCAGCACCUAAAGUAAUCAGUGCCUUUAAAGACCGCAUCAACCUGGCAUGGAGUCCUCCCUGUGACACUGGAGGAACCAAAAUAGUGGGAUACAAUUUGGAAAGGAACAAGAAAGGCACCAAUUACUGGAGCCUGGUAAACCAAGGAGGGCCAAUUACAGAUACAAAGUUUGCCGUGAAAGACGUCUUCGAAGGGGCAGCGUAUGAAUUCAGAGUGUCUGCUAUCAACCUGUCUGGUGCUGGAGAUCCUAGUAUCCCCUGUGACACAGUAAUUGCAAGAGAUCCAAUGAAACCUCCAGGCAGAGUCACAGACCUGAAAUUAACAUCCUCCAGCUACACCACGUUUUCACUGGCUUGGACUAAACCCAGAGAAGUGAAAGGGGUUGAGGAUGAAGCCCAGGGAUACUAUGUGGAGAUUAGACUGAUAGAAUGCCUUGAAUGGAGCCGCUGUAACGCCGUCCCAUUUACUCUAACUUCCUACACUGUGCUUGGCUUGAAGGCGAUGGCCACAUACUGGGUGAGAGUAAUUGCCACCAAUUACGGAGGUGAUGGAGAACCUCAGGGCUUUGACAAGUACGUCAUUGCCAUGCCCCCUCCCGUGAGGCCAAGAUUUAAAGACAGGAACAUGAAAACCUUUGUGGUGGUGAGAUCUGGAAACACAGUCCGUCUGAACAUCAACUUCGAGGCCUGCCCACUGCCAGAGAUCAUUUGGUUAAAAGAUGGUAUUCCAGUGGCUAAACAUGUGACAAUUACCAACUCCGAUAAAGGCUCUCAGCUGUUGAUCCCCACCUCCGAGCGCUCCGACAGCGGCGUCUACACCAUCACCGUCAAGAACCUGGUCGGCCAGGAGAGCUUCAAUGUUGAAAUCAGAGUUACAGAUGAUCCCAGGCCUCCAGGACCAGUGGAGCUGGUCCAAAACAUCCCAGGGACAGUGACUCUGUCCUGGUCUCCCUCCCCAGACGAGAAGAGGGACGACAGGCUACACUACACGGUUUCCCAACGGGACUCCUUCAAGCGCACUUGGAGGACCGUGGCAGACAACCUCUUCAACAACAAGUUCACAGUUGUCAACAUUUUGCCUGGAUGGGAGUACCACUUCAGGGUGUUUGCUAAAAACGACAUGGGCCUUUCAACACCUUCUGAACCCCCUGUGUUUGAAACCAGAAAGGAAAAAGAAAAGUUCAUAGUGAACACGCCAAAGAAAAAAAACCUGGACUUCCAGGCAGCUCCAGCAUUCAUCGUGCCCCUGAAGAUGCGUACGGCUCCACAAGGCUACGAGUGUCACAUGAGUUGUGCCGUUAAGGGCGAUCCAGCUCCUCGUGUGACAUGGUACCGCAACAACAUCAGCCUGAACACCAACACCAACUACCACAUCACCAACGUCUGCGGCGUCUGCUCCCUGCUAAUAUUGAGGGUCGGAGUCAAACACAACAGCGAAUACAAAGUCGUUAUUGAGAACAAACUGGGGUCAGCCGAGUGCUCAAUGAUCCUGAGUGUCAGAGAGUGAAGACCUGCACCUGCUGAACAGAGACUUGACCGGAAAGAUUCCCGACAGCGUUUUGAAUUAAUUAGACUACAUCUGUUAUAGUCUUCUCUUAUAUUUUAAAUAGCGUAAAACAAAAACAAGAAAACGCAUGUUAUAUAGUUUAGUUGUUUCCUUAAUCUUUAUAAAAGCUUAUAAAGUACAUAAAAAACUACUUAAAACAUCUCAACUCUUUAGCAUAGACAAACUUAAAGUUACAAUUAUGUAUCCUUGAAGGUAUCAUUUGGAGUUAAUGACCUCUAGUGGCACUAUUGAGUAAUGCUUUCAUGAGAGGGCCCCUGCUUUCUUUGUAUUGUAUGCAUGCCAUUACAUUACACUGUGAAAUUAAAACUUAACUUAAGCUUGUGUCAUUUUCCAAAGAAAUGGAACAUGAACGUAGCAUAGAUGCUGAGGUUCUGUGUUGUUGCAGUAGCUGUUGCAGUUCCUAGUUUUACCAACUCUUGUUUAUUCAGAACCUUUCCUGGAGCAUUAUGCGAGAAAGAUCCUGUGAAUGCAUUGUGUCCAUUCAAAUAAAGAGCGGGGGCCAUUGCUGGUACUUUACAAUAAAUUGGUUUAAAAAACUAAGGAAGACGAGAACUGUGGUGUGAAUGAAUUAUGAGCCUGUUGCUGCUUGGAAUAAAAAGGUCUGCAACAUGACAACGACAAACUUAAGUCAACUUUCAAGGGGAAAAAUAAAUCAAUGAAAUAUAUCCAAAAUGUGAUGGUUCAAGUUUACCCAGUCUUAAUAAAUUAUGCUUUUAUUAGCAAUAUACUAUGUGACAUUUAGGGCCGAGCAGUAGAAUGUUAAAGGAAUUGCACUUCAGCCACUUGUUUUUAAAUGUCCAAUGUUAUCCGUUUGUGUAUAAGACAAAUUUCUGAAGAGAUUCUGACAAUAAAGUUUGACCCAAUCUAA